CAUCGCCCAAUACCGACGAAAUGGCACGCGGACAGAACUCCAAGCAGCAGGCUGACCAGCUCUCCGGCGACAAUGCCGGCAAGGACAAGUCCGGCAACCCCAUGCGCGAGCUCCGCAUCUCCAAGCUCGUCCUGAACAUCUCGGUUGGUGAGUCUGGUGACAGACUUACUCGUGCCGCCAAGGUUCUCGAGCAGCUGUCUGGUCAGACUCCCGUCUACUCCAAGGCCCGCUACACCGUCCGUACCUUCGGUAUCCGCCGUAACGAGAAGAUCGCCGUCCACGUCACCGUCCGUGGCCCCAAGGCCGAGGAGAUCAUCGAGCGUGGUCUUAAGGUCAAGGAGUACGAGCUCCGCAAGCGCAACUUCUCUGAGACCGGAAACUUUGGCUUCGGUAUCAACGAGCACAUCGAUCUCGGUAUCAAGUACGACCCUGGUAUUGGUAUCUACGGUAUGGACUUCUACUGCUGCAUGGAGCGCCCCGGUGAGCGUGUCGCUCGUCGCCGCCGUUGCAAGACCAAGGUUGGUGCCUCUCACCGCAUCAACCAGGCCGAGACCGUCAAGUGGUUCAAGAACAGAUUCGAGGGUAUUGUCCGAUAAAUGCUUUCGCUUCUUAUGACCACAACAAAAGAGGCAGUCGAGGGUUGAACGAAAAAUCUUUCCAAAGGUGCUGGCGCAGGGCAGGUGGGACAUGAUUCAAGCAAAAGGUCCUUGUGUAUGUAAUCCAUACACAAAACCCACAACAAAAACAAAAUUUUGUUCCAAGGCC